AUGGGCGUUUUCUUGUCAGCAUUCCUGGCAGCAUAUACGAGCCACGGCGAAUUUUUUCGGAUCAUGUGGCCAACUGGUCGUGUUUUUGUGUCAUCCUUACGCUUCACUCAACAGAAGAAGUACGCAACUCAUACGCAGGUCGGAGGCGGCGAAUUCAAACAGUGUUUGAAGAAAGCGAAGCUUGGUGAAGUGCUUCAGACGUUGCCAAGGUCAUGGCACUGCGGCUUAACAUGUUCAAGCUGGAAACUACCACAGUCCGAUGAUGACUGUAGCCUUUACAGCCUCAUGUUUCCAUGA